GACUCAGUUCAUCGCUGCACCAGUGAACCUUUCUGCUGUGCCUCGACGCCCUCUCGCUGGGGUGCUGCUGCUGAGGCCCUCCGCGACGCGCAUCAUUGUCGUCGCCUCGGGCUCCAAGAAGGGCCUGACGCCUUACCAAGGACCAAACCGCAUGUUUGGGAAGUUCCGCUGCCCGAAAUGCAAGCGCACCUGGCAGAGCGGCAAUUCCUGGGCCAACACGGGACAGAUGUGCAAGCGCUGCGACAUCCUGGUCUACCCGCACAGCCAGGUGCCGCUGGAGCCGAAGGUGUGGGACUGGUACGACGACGGCGACCGGUCCCGGCCCCACCCGGCGGAGCUGUGCGAGAUGUGCCAGAAGCUGGGCUACCCCUGCACACGCAAGCGCGUAUGGGCCCCGGACAUGGAUGAUGACAGCGACAGCGACAACGACGACGACCUCUCGGGCGACACAUUGGGCGACCUCUUGGGCGACUACCGGCGGGCUUUUGCAAUGGCUGCGGCCAAGUUGUGGCCCGGGAGUGACAAAGUCGACGAGCUCAUGCGGGGAUUGUAUUGGAUCCUUUUUCCCUCGUCAAGGAAGUAAAGCUCUAGGCGUGUGGCGACAUGACAUAACAUGUAUGCCGGGUCAUUACGGGUUCAUUGGGUCGCAUGCGCAUGCGGCAUCAGGCGGCAUGCGGCAUGACAGGGUGUGUGAUGGGAUGACAGUGCGGUGUGUGAUGGGAUGACAGUGCGGCAUGACAGGGAUGCGGUGUGCGGCAUAUGAGAUAUGGGCAUGAAGCACGCAAGCACGUUGUCCGCCCUGUCCAUGCCCCGCCAUUGAGAUGUUCGGUGAGGUUACCGGGUGUCGUUCACCUGGACGUUGGACGUGAUAACUGAUCGAUCGGUGGUGUUGUUUGCGGGCUCGGGGACUCCAGCCACUUAAAAGAGGUUAGAGAGGUUAGCUGAAAGCUGGGGCUUCUUGCCGGCGGGCCUGGGCGGUUGGUCGCUGGAUGGCUGCAACUAGCACACUGGAGCACACCGCUUGUGUGCAGCUGAAGAAUGCUGUGCGGGGCGUCCAGCGGACCGCGCGGCGGUGGUGGCGGCGGUGGAGACGGCGGUGGCGGUGCCGGGUGCUGUAAGGCCAGAGUGGAAUCUACAUCCAGUCCUAAUCCCAACAUAUGCUGAAGCCGUGGAGCUGUUUCUCCUGUCACAAUGUGGAUGCAGGCCCUGACCAGUAUGUCCGGGACCAUCGCGUGGGAUGACAGGGACAUCGUUCCACAUGGAUGUCGUGUCCGCCAGCACUGACAGUGCAAAGGGUCCCCGAACUAGGUGUCCAGAUAGUGCUAUCCAUUGUCUAUUGACUGCGCCAGUCGAUGGUCUCAACAAAGUGA